GAGGGGGCUGCGGGCUUUGCGGAGCCUCGCCCCCGGGCGCGCUGGUUCCCUGCCGCGCAGGCGCACGGAAUCCUCGGCUCGGAUCUCGCGUUUCCGGCCGUAGGGCUUCUCCCGCCUCUACCGGAAGCUGCGCUUGCUACCCGGGUAACGGGUCCCGGCUGUGGAAGCUUCCGCGGCGCCGCGAUGGACCUCGAGGAGGCGGAAGAGUUUAAAGAACGCUGCAGUCAGUGUGCUGCUGUCUCAUGGGGCCUUACUGAUGAAGGCAAAUAUUAUUGCACUUCUUGCCACAAUGUUACAGAGAGAUCUCAGGAAGUUAUAAACACUGAUCUUAUUCCUAAUGCCCAAAUAAAAGCCCUCAACCGGGGGCUUAAAAAAAAAAACAACUCUGAAAAAGGCUGGGAUUGGUAUGUGUGUGAAGGUUUCCAGAACAUUCUUUGUCAACAAGCAGAAGCCUUAAAGAACCUUGGAAUAGGCCCAGAGUUAAAGAAUGACGUUUUACAUAAUUUUUGGAAGCGCUACCUUCAGAAGAGCAAGCAGGCAUAUUGUAAGAACCCAGUUUAUACCACUGGAAGGAAACCUACAGUAUUAGAAGAUAAUCUAAGUCAUUCAGACUGGGCUAGUGAGCCUGAGCUGCUAAGCGAUGUCAGCUGUCCUCCUUUUCUUGAAAGUGGAGCGGAGUCUCAGUCUGACAUCCACACUCGAAAACCUUUCCCCAUCAGCAAAGCAUCACACUCAGAAACGUCUGUCUGCUCUGGAUCUCUGGAUGGAGUUGAAUACUCACAACGAAAGGAGAAAGGAAUUGUGAAGAUGACCGUGCCACAGACACUUGCCUUCUGUUACUUGUCCUUACUUUGGCAGAGAGAAGCAAUAACACUUUCAGAUCUUUUGAGAUUUGUUGAAGAAGACCAUAUUCCUUACAUAAAUGCUUUUCAGCAUUUUCCAGAACAGAUGAAAUUGUAUGGGCGUGACAGAGGAAUCUUUGGUAUAGAGGCAUGGAAUGAUUUUGAACAUAAAAAAAAUAUUUUUUGUGGAACACUGCUGGAGGGAUUAAAAUUUAGGGAUGUGGAAGAUUGUUGUUAUGAACAUCCUAGUACAUAUAAUUUAAUUUACAUUUUACUGUUUUGUUCUUCAGAUGAAAUGCAUAACUUAACUUGCCACGUGGUGAAAAUGACUGGAAUGGGAGAAGUGGAUUUUCUGACAUUUGAUCCUAUAGCUAAAAUGGCAAAAACUGUUAAGUACGAUGUACAAGCUGUAGCUAUCAUUGUGGUGGUAUUGAAACUGCUUUUUCUAUUGGAUGAUAAUUUAGAGUGGUCCUUGUCUAAUCUUGCUGAAAAACAUAAUGAAAAGAACAAAAAAGAUAAACCAUGGUUUGAUUUCAGAAAGUGGUACCAAAUUAUGAAGAAAGCUUUUGAUGAGAAAAAACAAAAGUGGGAAGAAGCAAGGGCCAAGUACCUGUGGAAAAGUGAAAAGCCACUCUACUACUCGUUUGUCGACAAACCAGUAGCGUAUAAAAAAAGAGAAAUGGUGGUGAAUCUGCAGAAACAAUUUAGCACACUGGUUGAUUCAACAGCAACUGCUGGAAAAAAAAGCCCUUCAAGUUUUCAGUUCAACUGGACUGAAGAAGACACUGAUAGAACAUGUUUCCAUGGACACAGCCUUCAGGGAGUCCUGAAAGAGAAAGGCCAAUCACUGCUAACUAAGAAUUCAUUAUAUUGGCUUAGUACACAGAAAUUCUGCAGAUGCUAUUGUACACACGUGACAACCUAUGAAGAAUCAAAUUAUUCUCUGAGUUAUCAGUUUAUACUAAAUCUCUUCUCCUUCCUGCUCAGAAUAAAGACUUCCCUUCUCCAUGAAGAAGUGAGCUUAGUUGAGAAGAAACUUUUUGAGAAAAAAUAUAGUGUAACAAAAAAGAAAUCAAGAUCCAAGAAAGCAAGACGACAUUGAGAAAAUGAAAUAGAAACUUUCUGGAAAAAUAUUUUAAUAUUGAUAUAACAUCAGAUUUUAAUGUAACAUUCCAGAGAAUUGUGGAAAAUACUGCAUAUAUAUGUAUAUGCUCUGACACAUAUUUACAUAUAUGUCAAGUGUGCUUAGAAAAUUGUAUAUUAUAAAGCAGGUGAGCUUUGUUUGAUUUUAUUUUUCAGAGUAUGAAUAUUCUAAGAGAAAGUUAAAACAACAUAAAUUGUAUAGUUGUAUCCAGAAAUGUAUACUCGUUGUAUUUUAAAGCUAAAUUUAUUUUUU